GGUCCUGAUGUUUGCUGUCAAGAGCUGCUGGCAAAGAACAGAGUUGAGGACUGGCUGCACUUUCCUUUUUCACUGGGAUUGAAUGCAUUUAUGAAAAAUAAAAAUCAGAUAGUAAGAUAGAAUAUUGUAAUGCUGCAAUGGAUUCCUCAGUGGAAAACAACAUGUAUGUCAACAAAGUAUGGGUUCAAUGUGAGAAUGAAGGUUGUUUGAAAUGGAGAUUGUUGUCAAGUGAGGAUGCAGCCAAAGUUGAUCACAAUGAGCCAUGGUACUGCUUCAUGAACACCAACUCAAGGUAUAAUAAGUGCUCUGUUUCAGAAGAAGACUUUCCUGAAGAGUCUCAGCUUCAUCAAAGUGGAUUUAAGAUUGUGUAUUCACAGCUCCCUCUUGGAAGCCUAGUUUUGGUAAAAUUACAGAAUUGGCCAAGUUGGCCAGGGAUACUUUGCCCUGAUCCUUUUAAAGAGAAAUAUGUGUCCUAUGACCUGGAUGGAGAUGUUGAACAAUAUCACAUAGAAUUCCUGGGUGAUCCCCAUUCAAGAUCAUGGAUAAAUGCAACAUUUGUUGGACAUUAUAGUAUCACAUUAAAGCCAGGAAACUGUAAGAAUAAAAAGAAGUGGUAUAAAAGUGCACUACAAGAAGCAUACCUCCUCUAUGGAUAUUCUCGUGAGCAAAGACUGGAAAUGUGCUACUUAUCAAAACAGGACAAAUCCAAAGCAGAUGGCAAAGUUGCAGUGGUGGCCAAGAAAAGGAUGCAAGUUUCUAAAAAUAAUGCUGGAAAGAAAAAGCCCAAAUUUAGAAAAAUGAAAAGGAAAACUAUUUUAAAAUCCUCUUUUGAAAAUGUUUGUUCAGACGAUGCCUUAUCAAAGGAAAAUAUGGUUGUCUCUGAGACAGAAAUUUUGCUAAAAGAGCUGGAGCAGAUGCUACAGCAAGCACUAGAGCCCAUGGCAACCCCCGAUGAGUCUGAAGAGGAGCAUGGAGAGACUGCACAUACAGGAGAAAAGUUAUCUAAAUGCAGCCCUGAAGCUCCUGCGGGCAGUUCACUUGAAAACCACUAUGAAGAAGAUUAUCUUGUAAUUGAUGGGCUAAAAUUAAAAGCUGAAGAAUGCAUUGAAAAUAUAACUAACAAGUUUAAAGAAAUAGAUGCUUUGAUGUCUGAAUUUUAGGUUAUGGGUAUUUUCAAAAGUUAAUGAUAAAAACGUUUAUAUUUUUAUGUUUUCCCAGUCAGAACUUAGAAAUGUUUAGUGAAAUAGUUACAUGUUAUAUCAAAGUUGAUAUUUGUGAUAACUUUCUACUUUAUAUAUUAGGAAAAUCCAUUAUUUUGAGAGUCAAUCAAAUGGUAUUUAAGUUAGUGUUAUAUGUUUAGAAUUUAAGAAACCCUGGUAUUUGUAUUUGUAGAUUUUUUUUCUUGUUUGCCUUAAUUUUAAAAUGGUUUAUGAAGCCUACUGCAAAAAUACAUGCUUUACAAUGAUUAUUUAGACUUUUUAUUCAGAUGUGGCUAAGUGUUGAAAUGACUGCUAAUGCUACUAUAAUUCUUACAGAUAAUUCAAAUCUAAUAUAUUUAGAGAAUAUGUAUUUGCAGUAGAAUUAAGCUACUGUAAAUUAAAAGGACAUAAUAAAAAAUGGUUGUAUAAGAGGUUGGAGCUUUUCUUAGAAAGCAAAACCGUCAAUUGCCUUAUUUAUUGGAAACAAUCAUUUCAAUCACAGUUCCCAACUGAUUCACAAAAUCUGUGGAGGGGGAAGAUCAGAAUCCUGGAUCCUUCCCCACUGAAUAAGUUCAUCUUAAGGUAAGGAUGGGAAAAUAUAAUUCAAAAUAUCAAGUGAUAAGUUAAACAUAUCCACCAUAUAAAAAUCUAUACAAUGAAGAAAAGAGUCCCUCCCGAAAUGCCAUUCCCCACCUCUUUUUAAAAAAUUUAUGGCUGCACCCAUGGCAUAUGGAAUUUCCUGGGCCAGGAAUUGCAUCUGAGCCAUAGGUAUGAGCUGAGUUGCAGCUGUGACAACACCAGAUCCUUUAACCCACUGUGCUGGGGCCAGGAAUCAAACCUUCACCUUCACAGCAACCCAAGCAGCUGAAGUCAGGUUCUUAACCCACUGCGCCACAGUGGAAACUCCAAUGCCACUCCCUUAACUCUCACCUGAAGCCCCAUUCCCUAAGAGUUCCCAUACAUAGUCCUAGAUUCUGUUCUGUCCUUAUAAGAAGAUGUGUAUGCACAUCCAUCUCCAGUUUUGGCUCUAACUCCCUCUCUAUACCUCUCUCUACCAGAGGAGAGGGAAAGGGCAUUCCACAUAAAAACAAAAACCAAGCUUGAAAAGAGAAGAGGUCAGCUGGGCCCUGGCCUUGAUUGAAAUAGCUGGAGUGGCAUUUUAUGGGGGAAGGUGAGGAGGCCUGUGUGCACAAGGCUCGGGGACCAGGAAGGAGGUUCAGACAUUCAAGCAAGCUCACGCCAGCAGCGUGGGGAAUGGAGUGAGAGGGAGGGACUCUGGAGUCAGGGCACCAGUUGGUUGGUAUACUACUUGGUAAUUCAGUUGUGAGAUCAUUAGCCUGAAUAUGGUAAUGCCAUGAUGGAGAGAAACAGAUAAAGCUAAAUUAGCAUGAGUGGAUUAUCAGGAUUUGGGAUUGUGUUUAGGGAUGAGACAGGGAGUCAGAGACACCUCCAGGUUUCUGGUGGUCACAGUGCUGUUCACUGAUGUAGGAAUACAUGCAGAUUAGAAAUGGAAGACAGGAGUUCCCAUUGUGGCUCAGUGGUUAACGAAUCUGACUAGGA